AGCCAUACUGGACGUGUAUUUUCCUCUCGUCUCAUUCUAGCUUUCUUUCCGCACUGUGUAUAGCGCGUUGCUGCGCGCGCUGUGAGGGGCGGGUGCGCUAUUCGGACUGUGGGCAGGAGCGCAGAGCAGCGCGCGUGCAGGAGGAAAAAGAGUCUCGCACUUUGAACAGGAGCCGCCUGGUCGCGCGCGCUGUACCGGAGCGCAGAAUAAUGGAACUAUCCGUUUUAUCAACGUGUUUCUUUUUAACUGCUGUCGCUUUUACGACGGCUUUUGCCAACAAACUAAACGUCCCACGUCUUCGCCUCUCAUACAAAGACCUGGUGGCCACUAAUCGCACCGCCAUCUUCUCGGGCCUGCGUGAGGACCUGCAGCUGUCGGCUAUGUUUUUGGAUGAGUACCAUGACAGGCUCUUUCUGGGAGGGAAGGAUGUUCUCUACUCUCUUAGACUGGACCACACACACCAUGAUGCUAAAGAGAUCCACUGGCCAUUGCCUGGGAACAGAGAGGACUGUAUUCUAAAAGGAAAGGACCCAGAGACCGAAUGCGCUAAUUUCGUGCGUCUUCUACACCCCUAUAACCGGACUCACCUCCUGGCAUGUGGAACUGGAGCUUUCUCACCCGUGUCUGCUCUUGUGUAUGUAGGACACCGUGGAGAGCAUGCGUUCUCACUGGAGCAUUCCAGUGUUGAAAAUGGGAGAGGACGAUGCCCUUAUGACCCCAGACUCCCGUUUGCCAGCACCUUUACUGCUGGGGAGCUGUACACAGGUCUGACGGCUGAUUUCCUGGGACGUGACUCUGUCAUUUCGAGGAGUUUUGGGCAUCGAUCUACUAUGAGGACUGAAAUGGACCAGAAAAUAUUACAUGAGCCCAGGUUUGUGGCCGCACACCUCAUUCCAGACAGCGCAGAUAAGGACGAUGAUAAAGUCUACUUUUUUUUCACCGAAAGAGCAAGUGAGACUGGGGACCGUGAGGGAGAGGCAGCAAUACACACACGCAUUGGUCGAGUGUGUGCGGAUGAUGUUGGAGGAAAGAGAGUACUGGUGAAUAAAUGGAGUACAUUUAUUAAAGCUCGAUUGGUGUGUUCUGUUCCUGGGCCUCACGGCAUUAAUACACAUUUUGACCACCUGGAGGACGUUUUUCUUCUGAGGACUAAGGACGAAAAAAAUCCAGAGGUUUAUGCAAUCUUCAGCACUAUCAGCAACGUGUUCCAGGGCUAUGCUGUAUGUGUGUAUAGCAUGGCUGAUAUCCGUGAGGUGUUUAAUGGGCCCUUUGCUCAUAAGGAGAGACCGGAUUUUCAGUGGGGACCUUACGAAGGACGCGUUCCAUAUCCCAGACCUGGAGUGUGCCCCAGUAAGAUCACUGCUCAGCCCGGCCACACGUUUGGCAGCACUCUGGAGUUCCCAGACACUGUGCUGCAGUUUGCUCGCUCUCACCCUCUCAUGUGGCGUGUCGUGUACCCAACUCAUCGGCAGCCCCUGCUCUUACGCACCUCCACACCCUACAGACUCACACACAUCACCGUGGACCGCACACUGGCCGAGGACGGCCCUUACGACGUCAUGUUCAUUGGCACAGAUGUUGGCACCGUCCUAAAAGUCAUCGCACUGCGCAAUGGCAGCUCAGUCACUAGUGAGGAGAUCACACUGGAGGAGCUGCAGGUUUUCAACGUUUCCACUCCCAUCACUUCUAUGGAGAUCUCAGUGAAACGGCAAUCACUGUUUAUAGGCUCGAGUGCUGGUGUAGCACAGGUUCCUCUGCAUCGCUGCAACAUGUACGGUAAAGCGUGUGCUGAGUGCUGCCUGGCACGAGAUCCCUACUGCGCCUGGGACGGAAAAACCUGCACACGCUAUGUUCCCAGUUCCAAACGACGCUACCGCAGACAGGACAUCAGACACGCAAACCCUGCACUGCAAUGCAGAGACCAGAACCAGAGCGUGGAAGAUGUGGACACGGUUGAAGUGCGCAUUGUGUAUGGCACAGAGAACAACAGCACCUUUCUGGAGUGUGUCCCUCGAUCCCCACAAGCCACCGUCACCUGGCACAUCCAGCGGGACGAACAUCUGGAGGAGGUGGAGCUGGACGAGCGAGUGGUAAAAACAGAUGAAGGUUUGCUCUUCAGGCGAGUGUUACGCCACGACGAAGGCGUCUACGUGUGCCGCUCUCGCGAGCAUGGAUUUUCUCAGACGCUCUCGCGUGUGUGGUUGGAUGUGUUGAAAGCUGACACCCUUGCUGACUUACUAUCACAAGACAGUAAACACAAGGUUUGGUCUCCGUGUCCUUCCAAUACAGGCUUUGCUAACCGAACGCCAUCCAGGGGUUGGUUUAAAGACGUUUUGCAGCUGAUUGGUCCAUCAAAUCUUCCUCAAGUAGAACAAUACUGCGAGCGCGUCUGGUGCAACGAGAAACUGCGGCGGAAACACAAGAACAUGAUGGACAAAUACAGACAAGCGCAAGACGUAGCACGGAAAACAAGAGUCGGUAAGAAUGCCGGGGAACGGAAUCGUAUGCCACGAGACACACACGCAGUGGAGUGACAUACACACCCAAACAAACACACCCACUGAGAGAUGAACUCAUGGACUAGGAGACAAGGGUUAUUAUACCCAUCUCACACUAGGAGGUGGAGGUUGUUCACCUUCUCCAGAACUGUGGAGCACAUUUUAGAUUGCAUUUGUUUUCUUAACGUAUUAUUGUGAUGUCAUUUUUUUAUAAUUUGACGACAGUUGCCGUAUCAACAAGAAAAAGAAGAAACAGACUUUCUGUGGGUGCAUGCACACAACCACAGACACACACGUUUACUGUAGUUUUCUACUGUAUGUACUGAAUAGAUCUGGGUGUGAUCAUAAACAGCACCUUCAGAAUACUGGUGUACAGCCAAACAACCUUUAUGAUCAUCUAGAUUUUAAAAGUGCUUGCAUGUAUUUUUUAACCUUUUAACUUCUCAGAUUUUUUUAACCUGUAAUUUGCUAAUUUAUUUGGCUGUUACUUCAGGUUUAACAAUAGUAUAGUGCGCGGAUGUGAGCUGUGUAGUCUCGUAGUGUUUAAUUCCUGUCAAACCACGCAAUUGUCCAACAGUAACAAUGCUGUAUUUAUUAGAGAAUGACACAUCAUGCAUUAUAUACAUUUACAGUUGUGUUUCACAUUGUGAAUUGUCUGCAAAACAGGUUAGUUCUCAUUAUUAGAUUUGCUAUAGAGCCAUUUCCUUUAUUAACCUCCCUUUUUUGUCCCAAAGCAAAAAAGAAUUCUUUACAAUGACUGUUUUAAAACACUAACACUGGAGACUCCCUAAAACAUGUCUAAUAUUACCUUCUUACAAAAAUGUUAACUGAUAUUAACAAUUACACAUGGUUUAUGUGAAGAAGCCACCAUACAAGUCUCUGUGGGUAGAAAAAAAUUCAUGUCUUCAAUAUGAGCACAUUAAUAUAAGCCUACUAAGAGAAAAUGUAUCAUGUGAGAGCCCACGAUUCAACAGCACUUUGGUAUAGAAUAAGAUCUGCUAUUUAGUUAUUACUGUGGCUCCACUCAGAAACAAAAUGCUUUUUGAAACACACAAAUGUUAUAUAUAAUAUUGGGGUGGUCAACUUUCAUUAGAGGCCCUAGGAUGUGCAAAGGUACUUAGUUAUUUAGAAUUUGGAGGUUUUAAACAAUAAAAAUGCUAUCUGUAUGUUAAUAUUUCUGAUGUAACAAAUUAGGCAGUUUCACCAACACAUUUUAACUGUUGAUUUUUCUUGUUCAAGGCAUUAUAUUAUGUGUCAAAGGCACUGUAACAACUCUGCAUUUUAAAUGCAUGUAAUACAAAAAAGCUUUCUUUUAAAAUUUCUUUUUAGUUUUAGAAGUGAAGACGGUGCCAAUGUCUGCAUAGUUGUUUGGUUUGCAUCCCCCACUCUUCCCCACAAAGCUCAGUUUAGUGAUGAAUUUGUACUAACAGAAGUCUGGAAACACACAACUUGUUUGCUUUGGAAAUAUUGCUCUUGAUCUAAUCUACCCGGAUUCAGAGACCAGCAUCAGAAAAGGGAACAUUUCAGAAUAUAGAUCCAUAGCUUUUGAUAAACAAAAAAAAUUAUACACUAUAUGGACAAAAAAAAACCUUCAAACUGUUAACUCAAACUCUUUUUUAGAAGAGUUUAGAUUAUUAUAACAGUAAAUGGGAAGUAAAUGUGGAACUGGUUGGUUAAAAGGCACAUAUAAUCUGAUGGUUAUGUGUCCACAAACCUUUGGCUAUACACUGUAGCUAUUAAUGGCAUUUAUUCAGUUUUCAAGGAUAGGACUAGGCUAUAAAUGUUUAUUUUGAGCUCAGCUUAAGUUCAAAUUGGCUGCAUCCAUUUGUAGCCGGCUAACAAAUCAUAUAUACGCUAUAUCAUUUUCUAUGGUCUACAUCUAAAGUAAAACAGAUAAGCGGCUAAACAUUUUGUGGUUAUCAUAAAACAUGGCAUGUAUCAUUAUCACUACUAUUUUGACUGAAAAUACUUACACUAUUUAGUGGACAUUUGUCGUUGUCAUUCCUAAGUAUUGUUAAUUGAUGUUAAUUAUAUGCUAGUGUUAGUGUUAGCUAAGUCCAGCAUACAUUAAUAGAUCUUAUUUCACAUUGAUAAAAUCAAAUCCUCCAUUAACGUUGAAAGCGAUGCUGCAUGUUCGAGACAAGUUGCUAUGAUUGUGACACAGGAAGAGGUGGAGCUUCCAAGUAUCAGUUAAUACCAGAGAGUCAAAAAGACCAACGCAGCUAUGUGACUGCACAUCUGAGAUUUGUAUUGUGUAGAAGAAAAAGACUGAUUCUGAUUAAAAGAUCAUAGUUGUGUAAAGGUUUUCGGGUCUGUAUUGUGUCCGGGUAAUAUUAAUGCACUAAGAACUACGGACAUUCAGUAUAAAUGUUCUAACCAAAUAAUUAUCUGUAUGACACUUGUCUUUAAAUACUUGUAAGAAAAUCAUUUUAAGUAUUUUUCCAUUGCAGCUAUAGGGAUCUUCUUCAGAAUUUAUACUGGAUUAAAGCCACUGAUUCAGCCAAGUUUGUACUCGUACGGACUGAUUUGAACUAACAGAUUGAUGCUCGUUUCAACACUGUACUUUCAUUGUAUCUGCCGAUAACAUAAAAAGUAUGUGUGAAUAGUUUGUAUUGGUAUAUGUCAUGUAUUUAUGUCUUAUUUAAAAACAGAUCCUUGCAUGCGGUGUGUACAGAUAUGGGUUUUUUUUCUUCGAAGGUAAAUAAAUAAAAUGGAAUCCCUAAGUUCCAUAUUGUA